AUGCGGCUAAGGUACCCAAGGGUUAUCCAUAUCAGUGCUACUUCUGGAGAAAUGGCCAUAUGUAAGGCGAACAGCCUUAUCCUGAGAAAGGUAGAUGAUCCAGUCCUUCCAGUGUUCAAUGGACAUGAGGUGGAAGUAUGGUCUCGUAUUGUUCGGAAGCCGAAAUGGGGGCUUUCAUUUUCAGAUGUUAAAAGCAAAGUCCAUGGUAACUGCUCCGUUACACAAAGAUCGGCCAUGGUCAUAAAUGCCCCAAAUUGCCACAUUGUAGAUCUAUCCUUGGAUGGAGCUCUUAUUAUCGAUGCUGCUGAUGGUACAGGGAAACUCAAUGAAUGCAAUGUUCACAAGCUCCACUGCUGCUGCUGCCGACAAUCGCCACAUUGGGACACCGAUGACCACCACCACCCCAUCAUGCAUCAAGAUCACAUCAAUUUCACUCCUAUAACUUUCCCUUUUCUUUCUCUUCAAUUACUUCUCUAUUUAUGUUCUACUACCCCUACCCCCACCACCUCACUCCGAGAGCGCUACCUUUCUUUACUCCCAGCCACCACCGGCACAAUCCAAUUUCCACCAUCACCUUCGUUGCCAACUUGGAAGCCGAGGGUGGUGGUGGAGAGGACUGGAAUAGUUGAACUGACUAGUUUCAUGAUAGAGGAUGUCAUAGUUGGAGAUUUCAACGAAAGUCUAAUACAGAGUCGUGGUGAAUGA